AUGGAUUGUUUUUGGCCUCUUCUUAAGCUUCUGGACUGUGCUGUAAAUAACGCGUGUGCAUUCCGGUACAAUGGACUCUCCUUCAUCUACCUCAUCUACCUCUUGCUCAUCCCUCUGUUCUCAGAACCAACAAGAGCAACGAUGCAAGGACAUACGGGACGGUUAUUAAAGUCUCUGUGCUUUACCAGUCUUUCCUUCCUGUUGCUGCAUAUCAUUUUUCAUAUCACCUUGGCUAGCCUUGAAGCUCAACACCGUAUUACACCUGGUUACAACUGCUCAACAUGGGAAAAGACAUUUCGGCAAAUUGGUUUUGAAAGUUUAAAGGGAGCUGACGCAGGCAAUGGGAUCAGAGUGUUUGUACCUGACAUCGGGAUGUUCAUUGCUAGCCUGACCAUCUGGCUCGUCUGUAGAAACAUUGUUCAGAAACCAGUGACACAAGAAGCAGCACAGUAUAACCUGGAGUUUGAAAAUGAAGAAUUGGUUGGAGGAGAAAAAAUAGAUCCAGAAGAGGCACUGAUCUAUGAAGAGGAUUUAGAUGCAGGAGAUGGUGUUGAAGGCGAGAUGGAAGAAAGCACAAAAUUAAAAGUCUUCCGCAGGCUUGCCUUUGUGGCUUCCAAGCUUAAGGAGUUUAUUGGCAACAUGAUAACCACCGCUGGAAAAGUUGUUGUGACAAUUUUACUUGGUUCAUCAGGUAUGAUGUUGCCAUCUUUGACUUCAUCUGUCUAUUUCUUUGUAUUUUUGGGUCUGUGCACCUGGUGGUCCUGGUGCCGGACGUUCGAUCCAUUGCUGUUCAGCUGUCUCUGUGUUCUGCUGGCUAUUUUCACCGCAGGACACUUGAUUGGACUCUAUUUAUACCAGUUCCAAUUCUUUCAAGAAGCAGUUCCACCCAAUGACUACUAUGCAAG